AUGGUUCUCAUCUAUGUUUCAUGUGGUGUUUGGAGACGGGAUGUGAAUAAUGAGUGGAAGUUCAUUGUUGAUAAUGAAAAAAAAGGCAGAUUACUCUCGUUGGAAGCAAGUACUACAGUAGAGCAAUUGAAGAUGAUGGUUUUGGAGGAUUUUGGAAUGGAGGAGAAGAUUGUUAGCGCUGAGUUGAGUUAUUUUCCAAGUUCUUUGAUGAGUAAUUUAGGAAUUCCACCAGUUGUUAUUUCCAAUGAUCGCCAAGUUUGCAAUUUUAUUGGAUAUAGGAAGAAAAAUUCAUCCAUCUACUUGUGUGUGUCAUUUACGGGUAUGGUUGGGAAGCGAAACAACAAUUUCGAUCUAAAUGAGAAGCCUUCUAACUCAAUUUUCUUGUCAAGCUUCUCCCCCAUUACAGUGAUGGCUGUUUGA